CCAAUACCGUUUACUGGAAAUAUUGAAUUGGGAAUUAUAAGGUUUUAUUUUCUAAGUUAUAAUUUAUUUCUAUACUAUAAUUUCGAUGAAUUCCCAAACAUUAAAUAUGUGCAGGCAAAAUAAAUCUUUCAGCUAAUCAACACGGUGGAAAGUAACUUAAUACUAGAAGAUAAAAAGAGAGCCGGCAUAGAAAACGGCAAACAUUGCAAGAGAGAAAAAAAGAUAGCAGCAGCAUGGCAACGGAACAUCAGCUGACAGAGAUAACGGAUUUAACUGAUUUGAGGGAGUUGCAGCGGCUAUAUCUGAUCGAUUGGCCGAGACACUGCGUGGGCUACUUCUGGCUGGACAACUAUUUGCGCUGGCUGAAAGAUGAUCCACAAAUCCGGCACUUGACAUUCUACACGCUGGACAAUGACUGGGCGAGCGAUGGACUGUUUCUGCUCGUGCAUCGCUACCAGCUGUUCUUUUGCAACCUGAGCAGGCGCAGACCGCAGCUGGAACGGGCUCUGCGGCUGCUGGACUGGUCUGCCGGCUACAAAGUGAGUGCCAUUCACGCGGAGCACCACCUGGUGUACAGGCAGCUGCUCGCAGAGCUUCGGCUGGGAAUGGAUCGGGAGAAGAACACCAUUAUGUACCACCUAUCCUGCGAGAGGGCCAAGCAGCUGGAAAUAGAGUGUCCCGCGGGCUACUACUUGGACAGAGUGCGGCUGGAGCAUGCGGAGCUCAUCAACGAUCUGUGGUCCGCGCGUCAUCCGGGCAGCCUGUACCUCAUUCAACUGCUGAUUUUAAAUAAUACAAAUAUGGGAUUAUAUGAAAAGGAAACGGGACUGCUGUGUGCAUGGUGCUUGAGACUGCAAAGCGGCUUCCUGGGCGCCCUGGAGGUACGCGAAUCCCAUCAACGUCGCGGCCUGGGUGUGAUUGUAGCCGCUGCCAUUGCCCAGGCGAUAGCAAGGGACCUGCAGCAGGAUGUGACGGCUCUGGUUAAUUUAAGCAAUGCGGCUGCCUGCCGGCUGUUCGAGCGACUCAAGUUUUCGUUGGUGCAGGGCGAGCACUACUACUGGAGCAUGACCCUACCCAAAGCGAGCGGCCAGAUAGACUGGUCCUACGAUGAAUAAAUACUGAUAGAGAUAGCGCAUCUUUUUAUAACAAAACAAAAUGAUCUCUGAUAAAGCUGAUUAAGACAAGACGCAGACCAGACAUCCAUAAAAUUUCACCUGUCUCCAGGGCACCCAAAGGUGAG